AUGGUCUUUUUUGAGGGGCUCGGUCAGUUCCCCGUCUUCACGGCGCUGACUGCAAUAUUUGCGUACCUCAUAGCAUGCAUGGUCUAUCGUCUCUACCUCAGUCCGGUGGCAUCUUUCCCGGGCCACCCCUUGGCAGCGAUAACAUGGUGUUAUGAAUUCUACUACGAUGCAAUUUGCGGAGGUCAAUAUAUCUUCAGAAUCAGGGAGAUGCACAAGAAGUUCGGCCCUAUUAUUCGCAUCAACCCCGAGGAGCUUCAUGUUGAGACGUCCGAAUUCUACGGCAAACUUUACACCUCGGGUCGGGAGAAGAGGAACAAAACUCUUCAAUUCAGUCGGCAGUUAGGGACCCCCAACUCGACCAUAGGUACUAUCGACCACGACUUGCAUCGCAUGCGUCGCUCCGCCCUCAACCCGUUCUUCUCAAAAGCAAGUAUACGGCGGUUGCAGCCUGUGAUAUGGACCCAAGUUGACAUCCUACUGGAACGGUUAGAAGAGUUCAAAAAAUCUGGCCGGCCACUCCGCAUGGACUUGGCCUACUUUGCGCUCACCAACGAUGUCAUCAUGGAGUACAGCUUCAACCGUUCGCUACACCGAUUGCAGAAAGUUGACUUCGAUUUGCCCGCAAAGGAGGCGUUGCUCGCUGCCAGCAAGAUUGUGCAUUGGAUGAAGCAUUUUCCCUGGAUUAUCCACGUUGCCCGGGUAAUUCCUUUGCGGAUCAUUUCGUGGAUCAACCCAGCAGUUGCGACCUUGCUAGAGGACGACAAAUCAUUUGCAAAGGAUAACAUGGUUCAGGUGCACGAGAUCAUGAACGGCACCGAUCGGUAUAAUGAGCACGGACACGCAACAAUUUUCCACGAGAUGAUCUCGAAUCCAACUUUGCCAGCCUCCGAGAAAGGCGUGUCCCGGCUUUCGGAAGAAGCCAAGAUAGUUGUCGGCGCAGGGUCCGAGACAACGGCUUGGGCCCUGACUUUAAUUACAUACUAUCUACUCAAACAACCGCACACUCUAUCGCGCCUUCGAGCCGAGUUGAUCGCCUCUAUCCCUGAUCCUCGGGCCCAUGUUGGCAUCGAGGGGCUGGAACAUCUUCCGUACCUCACUGCUGUGAUACAAGAGGGUCUGCGUUUCUCGUGCGGUGUGACUGGCCGACUGGCACGGGUCGCGCCCGAGGAAGAGCUGAUCUUCCACGACAGCAAGCGCCAAAAGGAUUGGCAUAUUCGACCAGGGACACCCGUCAGUAUGACUUCAGUUUUCGUCCAUAAUGAUCCCGCUAUCUUCCCAGAACCGACCAUGUUCCGCCCAGAGCGUUGGCUAGAGGCCAGCGAAGAGGGCCGAAACCUAGGCCGGUAUCUCGUGUCCUUCACGAAGGGUUCAAGACAGUGUGUCGGUAUCAAUCUGGCGUACGCGGAGCUUUUCAUUUGUGUCUCGACUAUUUUCAGGCGGUACAGUGGUACAGAUGAGGACGAGAGUGGGAAAGAAGGUAUACUGGACCUGUUUGAAACGACCAACGACGAUGUGGAUAUUGCGGCGGACAUGUUUCUCCCAUGUCCUAAAAAGGAGAGUAAGGGGAUCCGGCUGUUUGUCAAGGAUCCUUGA